UCAGGAGCAAUGCACCAUUGCGCCAUGGCGCCGUGGCACCAUGAAGCGGCGCUCCAUGGAAGUUGACUCGAGGAUGGAUGCAGCGGUGUUGGAGACCCAAGAAGCCUUGGAGGAGCUACGCAGACGAUGGGAGGCACAGCCAUUGGCCGAGGCAAUCGCUGGAUUAGACUCAAACGAGCUUUCAGCUGAAGGCUAUCGUUGGAGUCAGUCAGUGAGUCUUCACUACGUGACGCCCUCGAAAGCCGCGCAGAGUUGCAAAGCCUUGAGCCAAAACGAGAUGAGAGAUGGAUUGAAAGCGCCUAGUGCCAGCCUUUCAAUGCCUGCAACCCAUGAAGCACUGUGCAUUGCGCCAGCGCCACCCUGUGGCUAUGGUUUGUUCGCCAUGCGCCCACUGAAGCAGGGCCUACGAUUGGGCGAGUACACGGGGGAAGCACGGAGAUAUGAUCUAUGGUGCGAAGAGAUUAAGGCGCGCAAAGUCGCGCUGCGCGGCAAAGAUGAUGCUUCACCUUUUAUCGUUGAGGAGUUGUAUGCUGCCUGGGCAGGUGUUGGAAGUGGCGAAGGUGUUGUCAUAGACGCUUUUGUCAUAGACGCUUUUGCCAAGGGCAAUGCAAUGCGAUUUAUCAACUGCAGCUGCCAUCCCAACUGUUCAUUUAAGAAUGUUGGAGCGGCCUUUGAAAAACAUGGCCGCUUGCUGGUUGUCACAGCGCGUGACAUUGAAAAACAUGAGCAGCUCUCUGUGGAUUACGGUUGGUAUUUCGACCCUGCUACCUUGGUGGAAAUUCGAAGCGAGGCCACCAAGGCGUACAAUGAGGACCUGAAAAACUUGCAGGUGCCCACAGGAAACGAGGACCAUGCUUAG